CGUAACCAAUUGUAGUUCAACGAGCAGUUUAUACUUGAGUUAAUUUCAUGCACUUUAGGAUACGGUACAGUUAUAUAAAAAUCAGAAAAACAUAGGACGAUUUACAUACUUUUGUCCGGAGCUGUAGACGAAUGAAUGUAAUAAAACAGUUAAAACAUUCACCUUUCCACGGACACACCCCAAACGUCCAUACGUUUUGCUCCAGUUCAUAGAGUUGCAUAAUUAUCUGAGAUAGUAGACCUAGAAUGCGUGACAUUUCAUUCGUUGCACGUCACGUUUGUAAUGCGGGUGUUAUUUGUUUACUCUGCUUCUAAUAACGUACCAAAAGUUUAUUGUUAAACUGAACAUAUGGUAUUUAAACAUAGAGCUCAGAAAUGUCCUCCAUUUUGCUCAAAGUGCUACAUCCAAACGGCUCAUUGCUUACUCGUGAAUCAACGCAGUGUUAGACAUACAUACAGUUUAAAUUAUACAAAAAAAUGCAGUGAAACAUAUGAUGACGAUCUUACGUACCGAAACUAGUUCCGCGAUAUGAAUGUGUUUAUUUUAUUUGCGUGUUUAUUCUGUUUAUUUCAUGGAUGUGUCUCACUGGAAACAAACGAAACUCAAUCAGAAGAGGUGUAUUUGGAUAUAUUACGCGUACUAUCAGGAAAUCAAAGAAACACCACAUGUGUAAAUGAUCUGUGCAAUGAUAGUCAGCAAGGCGAAAGCCAGCGUUCGUUGCGGCAAGCUGAUAGACGGCGCUUGCCAAUCAAGCGACGAAUGCCGUUAAAAAAUAGAUUAUGCCUUUGUCCGCCAUGCCCUGAUUGUGUCAUGAACACGCAAACUUCUGUAAUAGAAGUUACAACAACAUCUGAAGAAACAAGUACAAUCGCACCAGAAAGCACUUCAACAGCCGAGGAAGCGACAACGGAAUUGUCUAGGGAGAUUGUGAAACAGGAAAUUGCACAACUAAGAAAGGAAAUUCAAAUUAGGAUGAAAUACUUAAAUAGUCAGCUACCAAAGCCUCCAAAAGAUGCAUGUCUUCAGAAUCGAAUACCACCAGCACGUGAUCCAGGACGAAUACCUCCAGGCAGACUGCCUCCUCCACACGUUGGUCGAACUCCUCCGCCACGAAUGCCGCCAAGACCACCUCCUUCUCGAAGGCCACCUCCCCGUAGGCCACCACGACCACAUUCUCCCUUCAAACCGUUGGGAACUCUUUUCGAUUUUGUCCGUCGUAUCAAAACGGUCGGCAAGAGCGUCUUCUUGAAGAUCAUAGAUCCACUGGGACUAAAUCCAUUAAUUUCUCGUGACCCUCAAUCUCGACAGAGUAGACUUACUCGAUCCAGUAUGGAAGAUGAGACCGAUUGGAAGGAUAGUAGUGUAAGUUCGUUACCAUCAAAGUACAAGCAAGUGAGAAUAGACGACGAUCUCUCGUUUUCUGUUUUGACUGAUUGAAUUGAGUGUAAAUUGAUGUCGUUGAUUUCAGUAUUUUUUUUAAUCCGUACGUAAUAAUAUAAGGUGGUUAUAUAUGUUUCAUGAAGAUGUAGGGUAAUAGCACUAGUAGUGAAAAAAAGAACUAGGGUAAAAGCACCGGUUUUGGCCAGCCUAAGAGAAAAUGUAAAUAAAAAUUAAAUGCGAAG